AUGAUGCGAAACAGUGAAGCAGCUGCAGGAAGGCCACAGUGUGGACAAAGGAUGAUUUUUACAGGCCCAGAUGGAAUUGGAGACUACAAGCCGAGAUCAAAUUAUUUCCCCCCGUACACGGGUGUGGGCAUCUCGUCACCUGAGGCCACAGGUGACUUGAGUUACUUGUGCCGAGCUGCACCACAUGCGCCCCCUCCCAUGCCCAAGCAGAGCCAUGUGGGGGAGGUUGGCUGGGGCUGGCAAUAUAACCAGCUGUUGAACAGUGGCACCCUGCUCAGCAAUAUGCAAAUUAAGAAGACUGAGUUACGGACAGCGUUGGAGGACAGAGUGACUCAAAGGUUUCAGAACAAACAAAAGAACAUGAAAGAGGACUCACAACAAGUCAACAGCAAGUUUCACAGAGGCAGUUAG